CUAUACUACCCACCUUAUUGUGAAUUUAAAUAAUAUUUAGGCAUUGGAAAACUAGACUACUAGACUAGACUAAAUAGAAAAAUUUAUAUAUUUUUCAGAUGUCGUCUAAACAAAUUAUUCUUUUGAUCGUGGUCGUCAGCAUCGCAGCAUCCUACGCAACACAUCUUCAACAGGAUGCCGUUAAAACCAGUCCUGAAGACUUCCCAUUACUUAAGAGAGAGCCUAGACAGAUAAGUGCUUCUAUUCUGGGCACCGUGUUCCACCUGGCAGCUAAAUCAAUCAGCUUCGUUCUAUCUGCCUCCUCGUCUUGGCUUGGCACUGGGUUGAAAGUGGCGGCCAUCGCUCUAGUAGCAGUCAUCGUGAAAGUGAAACUCAUCAUAGGAGCGGCUCUCUUCUAUGGAAUUUUCAAAAUCAUAGGCACAUUUCUGUGAAAUUUUAUUAAGACAUCCUAGUUAAGUACUAUUUAAUGUUAAUAAAUUAUUGUAUUUAUUAAAAUAAUAAAAAUAUAGAAAUGAAAACCUACUUUUACUUAAUUUUUGAUUGGAAAACAUUCGACAUACAUU